GACCUCUGCCUGACGCACCUGUAGCUUGCAGCAGCUGCCUUGUGAGUUCCACGGGUUGGGAGGAUGGUUAGUUUCACCGCAGCGUCAACAGCGGCAAGUCAUGAGCGAUCUUUUAAGAUACACCGUGGUGGCGAUCGCUGCCUUGCUGAUGUCACCGCGACCAUGUCAUAGCUACAGCUUACGAAUGGAUCCUCGCCAGAUCAUCUCUGAUAAUGUGGAGAUAGUGAUCUACGAUGGCCUAAAAUUUCAAUGGACAACUCCAGGUUAUCCCAGUAACUACGAGGACGGAACCAACAUGACACUCACCGUCAGGUUUCCCGAAGAACAUUCGCUAUACAUUGCCACUCUGAUCUUUAAUGGCCCAGCCCGCAUUGCAGGGGAGACUUGUGAAUACGACUACCUCCUUUACACCUCCAUUGGCAUUGGGACGCGAUAUUGCUCGGAUUUCAGCAACACAACAAUAAUAGAACCUGAAUUCAAUGGGAAGCCGAGAGUCUUUACACUCCAGUUCGUGUCCUCGGCUGCAGACAACGCUACGGAUAUUGGCUUCAACAUGACUCUGUCGGCUUUCGACGUGUCCUUGAAACCGUUUGCUAAAACGAAAUACUAAAGUCGAGGAGAGGUGUUUGAUAUCGC